GUGGCAGUGGCGUCUGAUAGAGGGUUGGUAUUUGUUGGUGCAGCGCACCAAAUCAAAAUAGAAUAGCUCACCCGUCCUUUGCAAAUCCCAGUCUGAGGAACCUUAACCGCUCUGAAACGGGAACUGGAGCUCUGCUCACCAACAGGAUCCUUGAGACAGACAGACAGACAGCAGUAAAAGGCCUUGUUUGUUUCAGCAUUUCUUUUCCUUCCCGUCUUCAGCAACCUCCCGAGUCGAGGGUCCUCUUGUUCGUUCAUCUCAGGUACCCGACAGAGCAGGCUGAGAGGCACGGACCAAGGUUGCAGGUGAACGACGGGCUGUUCUGACAGUGACAAGCGCCUGUGGCUACACAGCGUGAACCCUCUUAACUUCUAGCCCCGCCAUUUCGGGGUCUUUGCCGACCUCUGUUGCAACCCAGAUUUUGGCCCAAAUUUUUUUAAGCUUGGCCCUCGACUUCGACAUCCAUCUCGGCUUUCCACCCGUGUCAUUUUUCUGCCUUUUCUGCCCGCCACACCCAUAGCUGUUGUCCCUGGACGGGCUGUUGAUGCGAUAGGACAUCCCUCACGCUGCCCAACAUGGACGCCACCGCAAUCAGAUCGUUCAUCGUCGCUACUCUCGAUGCCGACGCUGAUGUGCGAAGGCGGGCUGAGCUCCAACUGAAGCAGCCCAUACCCAUCGCACCAGAUGACAACAACAACAACAAUGCCGCCUCCCCUGCCCCGGUCUUGCGCCCACACGUGUGGCUGUUUGCUGACCGUUCCCUUGUUGGUGUGCAGGCCGAAGAUCAGCCCAACUUUACAGACAUCCUCCUCGACCUCGUGUCUUCCGAGCAGAACGUCACCCUGCAGCUCCCAACUGCUAUCUAUCUUAAAAACCGGGUGAACCGCGCAUGGGAGCGUUCAGACCACAUCACGACCAACUCAGUAAUACCCGAGGAUGCGAAGGUGCGCUUCCGCGAGAGGCUACUGCCUGUGCUCGCCCGCUCUCAGGCCAAGGUGAGGCAGCAGCUUGUGCCAGUCCUCCAGCGAAUCCUCCACUUCGAUUUUCCUCAGUCAUGGCCAAACUUUAUGGACUACACGAUUCAACUACUGAACACAAAUACCCCCGCCUCCGUAAUGGCUGGUCUGCAAUGCCUGCUUGCCAUCUGCCGGACCUACAGAUUCAAGUCAGCAGAGGGUGAGACGAGGGCCCCCUUUGACAAGAUUGUCGAGGCCAGCUUCCCAAGACUUUUGGUCGUCUGCCAAGAGCUGGUGAAGCAGGAGAGCGACGAGGCUGGCGAAAUGCUACAUAUCGCCCUCAAAUGUUACAAGCAUGCCACCUGGCUUGAGCUUUCGGAUUUCCUCCGCCAGAACGAGGUUAACCUUGCGUGGUGCACCAUCUUCCUGGAGACUGUUUCCAAGCCGAUCCCCGCGACUGCUAUGCAGCACGAAGACCCCCUCGAACGCGAGCGUCACCACUGGUGGAAGGCGAAGAAGUGGGCGUAUUUCAAUCUGAACCGCUUGUAUAUCAGGUACGAAUCGGUGCUGGGUCAACUGACGGUGUCUCGUAGACACGGUAAUCCCAAUUCUCUCAUGGACAAUGCCAGCGACGACCAGAAGAGAUUUGCGAAGGACUUCACAGCCCAGGUUGCGCCGACGAUUUUCAACCACUACCUGCAAGAGAUUGAGAAAUGGGUUGCCAAAACCACCUGGCUCAGCAGACCCUGCCUUUCGUACACCAUUGUGUUCCUGGACGAGUGCAUUCGACCCAAGGAGAUGUGGGCGCAUCUCAAAACUCACCUUACCACCUUGGUCACUCACUUUAUCUUUCCUGUUCUCUGCCUCUCCGAGGACGAUCUUGAGAAAUUCGAAGAAGAGCCCGAGGAAUACUUGCACCGCAAGCUCAACUUCUACGAGGAGGUUUCGGCCCCUGAUGUUUCUGCUACCAAUUUCUUGGUCACCUUGACAAAGGCGCGGAGAAAGCAGACGUUCGAAAUUCUCAAGUUUAUCAAUGAGGUGGUCACCCAAUACGAGGCGUCUGAACCGGACAAGAAGAAUCAUAUCGCCAAGGAGGGUGCUCUCCGCAUGAUUGGUACUUUGGCUCCGGUCAUUCUGGGCAAGAAGUCACCCAUUGCCGACCAGGUGGAAUAUUUCCUCGUCCGCUUCGUCUUCCCUGAUUUCAGCAACGAACAAGGGUACCUGCGUGCGCGUGCCUGCGACACUGUGGAGAAGUUUGAGCAGCUGAACUUCAAGGAGCAAAACAAUCUCCUGACUGUGUAUCGUCACAUUCUGGACUGCAUGGCGGAUCCCAAGUUGCCAGUCCGUGUGACUGCAGCUCUGGCUCUGCAGCCCCUGAUCAGACAUGACAUUAUCAGAACCAGCAUGCAGUCAAGCAUCCCAACAAUCAUGCAACAGCUCCUCAAGCUGGCUAAUGAGGCUGAUAUCGACGCUCUGGCUAAUGUCAUGGAAGAUUUCGUGGAGGUUUUCGCUGCCGAGCUGACUCCUUUCGCUGUGGCGCUUAGUGAGCAGCUGCGUGACACAUACUUGCGCAUCGUGCGCGAGUUGUUGGAAAACAAUCAGCAACGGGAUGAUCUCGACAACGAAUAUGGGGACUACCUAGACGACAAGAGCAUCACCGCUUUGGGAGUGCUGCAGACCAUCGGCACACUCAUCCUUACACUGGAAAGCUCGCCGGAUGUCUUGCUUCACAUCGAGGGGGUGCUCAUGCCUGUGAUUGAGAUCACCCUGCGGAACAAGCUUUACGAUCUGUACAACGAAGUGUUCGAGAUCAUCGAUAGCUGCACGUUCGCGGCUAAGCAGAUCUCCCCCAUCAUGUGGCAGGCAUUUGAGCUUGUCCAUGCCACCUUUAAGUCCGGUGCUGAGCUGUACCUCGAGGACAUGCUCCCUGCCCUGGACAACUUUGUGCAGUUCGGUGCCCCUCAGCUUAUCCACAAGCCCGAAUACGUCCAGGCUUUGUUCUCGAUGGUGUCGGACAUGUUCAUGGAGAACAGGGUUGGAGGUGUUGACCGCAUUUGCGCCUGCAAGCUCGCCGAAGCCAUGAUGCUCAGCCUCCGUGGCCAUAUCGACGAGUGCGUUCACGGCUUCAUCAAUAUCGCUAUGAACGUUUUGAGCGGACAGGAAGUCACGAUCAAGUCGUACAAGAUCCACCUCAUGGAGAUGGUCAUUAACGCCAUCUACUACAACCCCCUCCUGGCUCUCCACAUCUUGGAGACACAGGGCUGGACCAACAAGUUCUUCAGCCUGUGGUUCGGCAGUAUGGAAUCGUUCACCCGCGUGCAUGACAAGAGGCUCUGCAUCAUGGCUAUUGUUCAACUCAUUACUAUUCCCAAUGAACAAAUCCCGGCAAGCGUCGCGGUAGGCUGGCCUAGGCUUCUCAAGGGAAUCACGACCCUCUUUAGCACCCUUCCGGCAGCUAUGAAGAUUACUGACGAUGAGGCAGAUCGCGAAGAAGCUCUCAGGGAUGACUUCCAACUCGACAGCUCAGCGUACUAUGACGAGGAUGAGGACUGGGACGAUGAUGGUGCUCAGUGGGAGGAAGGCGACGCAGCUGAGGGUGAACACAGUGAAAGCAAGGACGAGAGUACUGCGUACCUUGACUUCCUGAAUGAGGAGGCACAAAAGUUGCAGUCCGCCGAGGGUGAGGUCUCCGAUGAUGACCUGGGCGAAGACAGCGUACUUCUGGAGAAUCCUCUGGACAAGAUCGACCCAUACAUGUCGUUCCAUGUUUCUCUCCACAGACUUCAACAAGAACAGCCCCAAUUCUACGCCUCGCUUACUUCACAACUCUCGCCCGAGGAGCAAGCAGUGAUCACCCAUGUGUGCGCACAAGCCGAAGCGCAGGCUGCCCAACACCAACAGGCUGCCCUCGCGGCCCAGGGUGCUGGCAUGAAUGGUACAAGCUAGGAACCACUCUCUGUACUGCCGCCACUUCGGGACCGCAUUUUCCGACGAGUUGUUUGCUGAGUGGUCAAGGAUUAUCGGGUCACACUUUCCAGCUCCAUCACCGCAUGGGGCUGCAGAAGGUGACGAAAGCUAUAGGCAGCUUCACCGCCGAUAAAUGAUCGUCGCAAUCUUGUGUCGCGGCGGUAUGGAUGCUCGGGCCGGCGAUCUAGCGUAUAUGGGCUCGCAGUUCAACAGGGUGAAACACGCUGCGCUGCGUUGCGUAUAGCAGAGGCAUUUAUUAUAAGGCGCCUUGGGGAUAGACGUUUUAUAGGGGUGAGGCUUCGGUUGGCUUCUGGUGAUAGGAGCAUUGUUGUUAUUUUUAUUGUUACUUGCCCCAGCACCCCUUCUCUCUUCACCCAUUUCCCCAUUCUUAUUCCCCUUCCCCUUCCCCCACCCACAACAACAACAACAACAACAACAACAACAACACAAUUCCCCUUCCAGCGAACAGAUUCAGGAGUGAAAAGCGACACGGCCAAGGGGUUAAAAGAAGAUUUAUGAGCAGAAGAAUAGACUAGGCUCCCACAACACAUUGAUGCCAAGGCAGCUGAAUACAAAGUCAAAAAAUAACUGAAUCAAAUGGUCCCUGUUGAUUGAUUUCUUUCUGGCCGGCUAUGCUGCACUCCAACUUGCGUCAC